AUGUAAAAGCAAUAAUAACGAAGCAAAGCUCUAAAUUUCAAAGUUAUUAUAGUUGGAGACUAGUCAGUCGGCAAGACUCACAUAAUCCACUAAUAUGUGCAAGGAUAAGUACCAGCAGAUAGUUAAGCCACUAUUGGAGUAGAUUUUUAGGUGAAAACUGUGAUAUUCCCUAAAAGGAAUGAAACCAUAAAACUGAAUAUAUUCGAUACUGCUGGGGAAGAGAAGUAUCAUGCUGUUACGGCUUGCCACUAUCGAAAAGCAAAGGGAGCUGUUAUAGUAUAUGAUGUAUCAAAUAGGAAAAGUUUUGAAAAUGUAGAAAAAUGGUUGAAAGAUGUGACCUAGCUAGCAGAUCAUGAUUGUUCGAUAUUGAUUAUUGGAAAUAAAAAUGAUGUGGACUUGAGGAAAGUGGAGACGCCAUCUUAGUCCAGACCUGGAAGUAGGUAGUAAAAGGUAGACCCUAAUCUUCCAAGGCGCCAGGUGAGCACACUUGAAGGUAUUGAAUUUGCAAAGUAACAUUAGGUAUCCUUCUUUGAAGUAUCAGCAUUUAUGCACGAAUCAAUAUCAAAAGCAUUCAACACACUUGCAGAACAGAUCCUGAAUUAGUUUCAGUUAGAACAGAUAUAAAGAGACUUAAGUAGUGUUGAUACAAAUAGAGGAAGGAAUGGCAGUAUUACUCUAAAAAGAGGCAGAUUUGAGUGUUGUGUAUCAAGUGGUCGAGAUGGUUAUGAAUAACAGAGUGCUGGAGGCUGCUGCUCAUGA